AUGAACAAUUCAGCUAUCGAUCUAUAUAAUAUUGCUUUAUCUAAUAUUGUAGUGUCAAUUUCGUCCAUGUUUUUAAGCGUUUUCAUGUUUUUGGGCGUAGUUGGCAAUAUUACAGUUAUAAUGCUGCUUAAGCCAAGCCGGCGGGCUAGCAAUGAAGUUGCUUAUGAUGUACUACUAUAUCAGCUGGCGUUCAUCGAUUUAAUAAGUUGUAUUACCAAUAUUCCGUCAUUAACAGUAGCUAUCGUUGCAACUGGUAACAUUCGACAAAUUGCAUGUAGUAUUGCUCAAACAGUUUCUAUUACAGCUGCAUCGAUGAAUUGUGUCAUUUUAAGCAUGCUGAGUAUAGAAAGGAUGGUUGCAAUAUCUCGAAGACAAUUAAGUAGCCGAUUAACUCCUGCUAGACGACGAAGCGUUUAUCAUUUGGUGUUGGUCGGAACAUGGUCUAUUACCAUUAUCGCUGCGGUAAUCAAUCUGACAAAAUUUCGCUAUUCCGUUCGAUAUUUCUCUUGUUUCAAUAUUAAGUCAAAAGAAGUGGAAGCCAAUCCAAAGAUUACCGAUGCAAUUACCUAUACAUCCUUACCGAUGAUUAUAUGGAAUGUGCUUUUGCUAUCGGUAGCUAUAUUAUUGGCAAUAGGUUCAUUUAUUCGUGUUAAAAAUAAAAUUCAAACAGAUUUACAGAAUGUAAACGGCAAUAAUCGGGUACUCGAAAGAAAUAUUACCAAGAUUGGUACUCUAGUAGUAGGAACGUUUUUCAUAAGCUAUUUUCCUUCAGCAAUUAUACGAAUCAUUGGUGGUGAACAGAAUUCAACGCCAACAGUUAUAAUACGAAUAGUUACUUCUAUUUCUGGCAAUAUCAACGCCUUUACCAAUCCUUUAAUUUAUUUUUUCAAUCACAGAAAGUACCGCGACAAUCUUGUUAAGGCAAUACAGAGAAAUCGUCGAGCGACGGUAAAUCAGUCUGGUGGUCAAAGUCCACACAAUAGCCUCCGUUAUAUCCGACCUAGUCAGAUGGCUACACAAGCGUUAAUUAUAUCCGCGUGUAGUACUGGUGCUGUAGUCGUUAAUAAUUAUUAA